GACUCAGCGGUGAUUCAGCGACUUUGACCGCAUUAGAAAGGUUCAGAAACACAGAUUUAAUAAUUUAACGAGUCGAUCUAUGAAGAUCUGAGACAGAUAGCCUAUAAAGGCAGUGGUUUCGGUGUUUUUGUUUCACUUUCUAUUUAAAGUAAAAUUGUCAUUUCGUCUAACGGAGCGGCAGAAUGGAGAUCUCCGGUCUUGUGACUGAGAAAUAUGAACCAGUGCCUCUGAAGAGCAUCUCAGUGGAGGUUCUGGUUCAGGAUCAUGUAGCCACAGUCUCCUCCACUCUGCAGUAUGUGAAUGAGGAAGAGCGCCCCCUGGAGGCCUUGUUCGUCCUCCCUCUGCCUGCUGAUGCUGCUGUCUGCCACUUCAGUGCCAAGAUCGGAGAGCAGGAGAUUGUGGCAGAGGUGCAGGACAGAGAAACCGCGAGGGAUCAGUAUGAUGACGCUGUGAGUUCGGGUCAGCAGGCGUUUCUGUUGGAAGAGAGCGCAGAGAGUCCUGAUGUGUUCAGACUGAGUGUCGGGUGUCUGUCGGCGGGUCAGAACGCUGCCGUCACCAUCAUCUACGUCACCGAGCUCGCUGUGCAGGCCGACCACUCGCUGCGCUUCUGUCUGCCGGCUGUCCUCAACCCCCGAUACACACCAGCAGGUUCAGCUGCUGGUAUAGUCUCAGAGAUUUCAUCAGGAGCUGUUCCCUACACGCUGACUCUCAGUGUUCAUGUGAGCUCUCCGAAGCCCAUCUCCAAACUAGAGUCCAACUGCACUCUGGAUCCUCUAGUGUUCCUCCACUCUGAUCACACUCAGGCUACGGUGAAUCUGAGUCCUGGUCACAUGUUUGAUAAGGACGUUGAGCUGUUUGUGUACUAUCAGGAUACCCAUCAGACCUCUGCUAUAGUGGAGGCAGGAGUGACCACUGCCCCGCCAGGCUCUUUGAUGAGGGACCCAGUGGUCAUGAUAAGUUUGUACCCAGAGUUCCCAGAGUUAACCCUAACUCGAGGCGAGUUUGUUUUUGUGAUUGACAGAUCAGGCAGUAUGGGAUUCCUGAUGCGUCAUGGGAAGGGAGCACAGAUGCCCAUAGAAAGUGCAAAGGACACUCUGCUGUUACUGUUGAAGAGUCUGCCCAUGGGAUGCUACUUCAAUAUCUAUGGAUUUGGCUCUGAUUUUGAGUCCUUCUUCCCUCAGAGUGUUGAGUACAAUCAGAAAACAAUGGAUCAGGCUCUGAAGAGAGUGAAGGAAAUGCAAGCAGACAUGGGCGGCACAGAGAUAUUACAGCCUCUAAAACACAUCUACAAUCAGCCCUGUUACCUCGAUCACCCCAGACAGCUGUUCAUCUUCACUGAUGGAGAGGUGGGAAACACUAAAGCGGUGCUGGAUCUGGUGAAAAGUCACGCUCACUCUCACAGGUGUUUCUCAUUCGGGAUUGGUGAGGGUGCGAGUGCCGCCCUCAUCACAGGAAUGGCCAGGGAGGGAUCUGGUCACGCUCAGUUCAUCACAGACAGCGACCGCAUGCAGCCCAAAGUGAUGCAGUCGCUCAGGUUUGCGCUGCAGCCCGCUGUGGUUAAUAUCUCUGUGGAUUGGAUCCUUCCAGACGGUGUUACUGUUGACACACUGUCUCCACCCAUCAGUGUGCUCUUCCAGGGUCAAAGGGCACUAAUUUAUGCCCAGCUUAAAGGAGAGAGUUCAGGAGGCUCUGAGGGAACAGUGUCAGUCAAAUACAGUCUUAAAGAUCAACCAGUAACAAACCAGCUCCACUUCUGCCUCAAACCAACUGAAGAAACAGGGUUGUCCAUUCACCGGCUGGCGGCUCGGACCCUGAUCCGUUCUCUGGAGCAGGAGGAGAGGUCCGGUGCUGCAGGUGUUGAGGGCAUCAGGAGCAGGAUGGUGGAGCUCAGUGUUCAGGCAGGAGUGAGCAGUGUUCAUACAGCCUUCAUUGCUGUGAAUAAAGACAGCAGACAGACUGUGAAAGGACCCCUGCUGCAGAGAAGAGUGCCGACAUACAAUUUGUCUUUAGAAAUUGACAUGAUGCAUAUAAAAUAUGAUCACAUAGCACCCCGCGAGUUUCGUUUAUCUGCACAUGAACAAUCGUUUCACUGCUCAAAGAUGAUGUCGUUCACAGAGCGAGCAUUCUUAAAAAUAUCUAAUUGGGUACCAGAAGUGACUGCACCCGAACAGAAGAACGGAUUCAUGACAAAGAUCCAGAAUUUCUUCCGUUGUGGUUCUAAGACUGCGACUGCCCCGUCUGAUCAGACAGACUCUGAAAGCAAAAGCGAUGGUAUAUACAUACACACACAUACAGAAGAUGGACACAAUUGUUAUGUAUGGAAAGUACUGGCUUACUUACUGAAAACUCUGUAGUUUAAAAUGAAAAUGCAUUCACCCUCAUGCCAUCUAACAUGUAGAUGAGUUUGUUUCUUCAUCAGAUUUGGAGAAAUGUAGCAUUAUAUCAAUUGCUCACCAAUGGAUCCUCUGCAGUGAAUGGGUGCCGUCAGAAUGAGAGUCCAAACAGCUGAUAAAAACACCACAAAAUAAUCCAUAAGUAACCCACACCACUCCAGUCUAUCAGUUAACAUCUUGAGAAGUGAAAAGCUGUGUGUUUGUAAGAAACAAACCCAUGAUUAAGGCAUUUUUAAUUUUCUUUUUGGCUAAAAUACCAGUCAAAAGUCGUCUCGUCUGAAUCAGCAGAGAAAUAUGCACAGAUCGAGCACUGUUUACAUAUGAAAAGUCCAAAACAGUUUUAAACAAUUAUGUCAUUGGAUUUUGAUGUGAGAGGACAACAGGUGAUGGACUUUAUCACUAUUUGAAGCGUUAUUAUGGAUUAUGGACACAUAUUUCAGCCAGAAGUGACGGUUAAAGUUAAAACGCCUUAAGUUGGCGUUUCUCACGAACAUUACAAGAUGUUAAUUGACUCAUUUAACAUACAUUUGACAAGUAUACAAGGUCAUAAAAUUCACAUUGUUUUAGAGGUGUUUAUUAAAUUUUAUUAACAUUAUAUAUUGAUUUUUAUUAUAUUUAUUCUUUUAUGUUUGUGUAUGUUUGUGUUCAGCUGCUCCUGAGCUCAGAAGGACCCAUUACUCCAGCUUGUGUCUCUCCAAAAGGCGUCCGGCUAUUGGGAUCUGGACGCCACACUGGCUGAUGUGUUUGGGAAGAUGGAGGAUGAGCUGACCAAUCAGAAACCAGCACAGGUGGAUGGGUCAGUAUGGGCCACUCUCCUGGCUCUGAUCUGGUUAUACGGCUGUAAAAUAGAGCAGCAGGUGGAGUGGCAGUUUGUGGCCAUGAAGGCAGCGUCAUGGAUCGGCUCUCAGAAAGUGGGCGAUCUGUCUCAGUGUGUGUGUGCGGGGAAUGUCCUGCUCGGAUGUCAGGUGACCAAAGAGACUCUGGGAUUCUGAAGACGUCAGUGUUUCUACGUCCUGCUUCAUCAGAAGACCAAAGAACAGAUACUGUGUUACUUGUUUCACACUCACACUCUACAUCCUGUGCCAAAUAACUGCCUAACACACACACACACACAUACACAUAUGCACAUAUAUAUUAAUAAGUUUACACCAUGGCUUUUCUAACUGCAUCAACAACAGACCCAAAUGGAUAAAAACAGCAUGUGUGUCAAGCCAGAAUAUUUUGCCAAAGAAAGGCUGCUGAUCUACAAAUAACUGUUUUAACAAUAUAUUUGUUCACUUCAUAAAUCAUCAGUAUGAAUGUUUAUAGCUUUCAGUGUUUGUCAUAUGAAUAUUUUUUUUUUUUGCUUAAAAUUAAUUUAAACAUGACAAAAACCUUCCAAAUUGACCAAAACGUGCUUUAAAAAUCAUCCCAUAAUGGAGUAAAUAAUUAAUAAUAAUUGCAGUUACAGUGUUUAUAUAUUAAUUGUACAGUACAGUAUAUAUAUAUAUAAUAACAUAUACUGUAAAAUAUGCGUUAACCAGAUGCAUUAACCAUAGUUUUUAAAAACAUGGACAAAGGAGCAAUAAUUCUCAUAUGGGCCACUGAAAAUUUCAAAUAGGUUGUAGAUGGUUUCUAAGCAUUGUUCUUUUUGAUUUCAUACCUUUCUAUUUGUGAUUUUGCUCUAACACUUGCCACUUUUUUUGUACUCCAAAUGUAACUUUUGUAGCUCAUUUUAAUUAAUAUAAAGGCUUUUGUUUAUUGUGAUUCUGUCAUCAGAAAAUUGUGCUUUGUCAUUUAGGUCCAUCCUAACCAGAUCAUCCUAACACUGAGCAUAAAUGUAAGUGGUACCACGUGAUA